AGGCAGAACUUCAACAACAGACCUCCAGAUCUUCAUCCACGCUCUUCUCCAUCGUUGUUUCUGCGACUGAUCAGUAGCUAUGACUUUACUGCUGACAGUGCUGGGAGCCAUGCUCUGCUCCUUUAUGGCUUCUUCUGAAGUCGCACCCCAGGCAGACAUCAAUUUACAGGCGAUGGCAGGGAAGUGGUACCUGGUCGGAUUUGCCACUAAUGCCCAGUGGUUUAUCAACCGUAAGGCCAGCAUGAAGGUGGGCACGGCCACCUUCACCCCAACCGCAGAUGGGGACCUGGAACUUUCAUACGCCAGUCUCAACACCGAUGGCUCUUGCUGGAGAAUGAACAACCUGGCCAAGAAGACCAGUGUGCCUGGAAAGUUCACAUACACAAGUGAGCGCUGGGGGAAUGAGAACGACAUGCGCAUGGUCGACGUUAAGUAUGACGAGUACGCCCUGAUUCACACCAUUAAGUCCAAGGCGGGCGUCGUUACCGCUGUCAACAAACUAUAUGGUCGUGGCAUGGACCUCAGCGCUGAACUGCAGGAGAAGUUCAGGCAGUUCUCCUUGGAAACUGGCAUUCUGGCUGAAAAUAUUGUUUUCCUUCCCAAAAAUGCGGAGUGCCCGGCUGCCUAGUUUUCUGGCCAUCUUAUACAUCAAUGAUGCUGUCUGAAGAACUUCUAUAUUCUACAUUUAUCAAGACAACGAGACAAUGAUUAGUUUUUUCUGUUUAUUUACUCUGUUUCAGAUGAUGUAUUAGGAUUAGCUUCAAAUGCCACUAAACAUGAUGUAAAGCCGGGUUUCAAUAUACAAUACUUGCUUUUAUCUACUUGCAGUAGUACUUUACAGAUUCCCUUCAGACAUGUUUUGAGACAUAAAAAAUGCUCUGCUUUCAA